UGCACUGGAUAGACAGAGACAUACGGUGGAGGACCCAUGGGCCGAGGUGGACCUCCGGCAGUCUCCAACCCGAGCUGUGACACGAACGCAUGUAUCUUAACGACAGUGCUGCUCUGCUUAGGAAACCCGUUGACUGACAGACACAAAGCUCUGAGUCGCUGGAUGGACUGAACAAAACUGGAGGUGUGAACUGGAAAGGGAGUGCCAAGGUUGCCAUAAAUCAAACCUUCGUUAAUUGUUUAUACUGGAUGAGUAAUCAAUGAAGCCGUCUUGUUAAGAUAGAAGAGAAGAUUUUUCGUGAGGCUGUAUUUUGUGGAAUUUGGACUGAUUUUCUCUACAAGAGUUUGUCUUCCUGCCGUCUUCAAUAUGAUGUCAGAUGAAUACCUGGUGGACUGCAAUAUUGAUGAUGACGAAGAUGAAGAUAACGAAGAGAUGCCGUUAUAUCUCUCUCCACACCCGCCACCACCCCAGUUCUCCUCCUCCUCCCCGUCGAUCACUCCACAGCCAUCACUCGCCAGCGUUGAUAUCAGAGACCCGUACGGAGUCAACCAGCACCUGAAGGUGGAGUUCAGUGAUGUUUUGGCUGAGCCUGUCUCCACACACACCUACGAUCGUGUGUGGGUGUACAGCGGUAUUGGGUUCGAGUCGGGCCGUAUUUGGGGCUACCGCUGCCUCACUGUCUUGUGUGCCGUCCCCGUCUCCCUCCUCUCUGGCUGUCUGUUCGCCCUGCUCGCCUGCCUGCAUAUCUGGUGUGUGAUGCCCUGUAUUCAAGUAUGCCACACUUGUCUGCCUUGUGUGCGAUCAAUUUGGAUGAGUGUGGUCAACAUCUUCAUCAGGCCGUUCUGUGAAUCUGUUUCUCGCUGCUGCACUGGCGUUUAUGUCUCUCUCUCCAAAGACUGACAUUAAGUGAUGAGGAAAUUAUCCCCAGCAAUGUUUCUACAUGUAUGGUGCUGAAGAUGGGCUUGAUUUUGGGCUUUUGGGUUUACCUCUCAGAAGAACAGGAAGAAGUGGCUCAAGGACAAUUACUCUGUUAUUGGACCUGUUAUGUUACAUCUAACACUUUAUGUAAUGAAUUUUCUAGAUGUGACAUUUUCACCACUCAGUAUUAGGCCCUACUGUCUACACCAGACCGACGUUUUCAUACAUAGAUUUGGGUAAGAAAAAUGGAACCCUUUGUGUACAUUUUGUAUGGAACAGUAAAUAAAUCACAAAUUGUUUCUA